AGUCAAACACGGAAAUUGCACAACAGAGGAGGCAUGACAUCUUCACUGUCUAAUACUGAGUUCAGCACCAAAGUUGAUCAAGCAGCAGAAGCAGGGGAGCAGUUCUCCAAACUGUAUUAUGAGACUACAGACAAGAAAAGACAUCUAUUACAGAAAUUAUACCUUGACUCAGCUACUGUUGUAUGGAAUGGAAAUGCUGUAAAGGGUUUGGAAGAGAUCAUUAAAUUCUAUGAUACAAUACCUACCUCGGAACAUAAUCUUGAUUCUCUUGAUUGUCAGCCAUUAACAGAUCAGAUAUCUGGAGGACAGAUGACUAUUUGUGUUAAAACAUUCGGCACAGUGAAAUAUGACAAGGCAAAACCUAAAAUCUUCCAUCAAAAUUUUAUCUUGACUUCAGUUAAUAAUGUAUGGAAGAUUGUCAGUGACAGCUUUAGAUUUCAGGAAUGAACAUUGCAGUCAAAAAGUAUGGGUGCUCAUCAGUGACAACUAAAAUUUCUGGAAGAUAAUGACAAUUUGAAAUUUCAUGCAUGAAACGCAUAUAUGUGAUUGACAAUGGCAGCUAGCAUUUCGAGAAGAUUGAUAAAUGUUAAUGAUGCUUGUAUGUCUAAAACUGGGUCAAAGUUCAAUGAGUUUAUGCUUCUAGGGACCAAAAAUAUGAAGCCUUUAAAAGAUUGUAGGUGAAAGCAAUUUGACAGAUUGUGAAGACUGAACAAUGUAUAAAUUCAAAUCUGUUACAUGAAUAUUGUUUUUAUAAAGAUAAUGAAAAAAUUA